AUGGACAAAUAUAUUGUCAGCGUUUGCAGUAAAAUCGCCAAACACUUGAAAAGAUCCUGUGGCAUUACAAUCCGCUACUGCUUACGGUACUCGCUGGAUGUCGGACGUGUGCUUAGCAUUUGGUACUAUCUAAGUGCUAGGUCAACUACACUGUACAUCGUGCACCCGGUAAAUCAAUUUUGGGGUACCUGGGGUCUGUUCCGGUUUGAUUGCAUGGGUCAGCUUGAUGUAAGCAAGAUCUAG